AUGCCCAUGAACCAGUAUUGCACAAGAAAUCGACUUUUCCUUUUGCCAGCAUCGUCGAUCGCAUCGGAUUGUAUUAGAGUUUUUAGAGUGUCAAAGUCGAUUCGGUUGGUCCUUCGAAGCGCUUGUCGAAUCAAACCUCCGAUUCUCAGAUAG